GGACAGAUUUUAUAAUGGGCUGCAUUAAAAGUAAAGAAAACAAAAGUCCAACCAUUAAAUACAGAAAUGAGAGUACUCCAGAGCCUGUCAGUUCAAAUGUGAGCCAUUAUGGAGCAGAACACACUGCGGUGGCACCGUCAUCUUCAGCAAAGGGAACAGCAGUUAAUUUUAGCAGUCUUUCAAUAACACCAUUUGGAGGAUCCUCAGGGGUGACACCUUUUGGAGGAGCAUCUUCUUCAUUCUCAGUGGUGCCAAGUUCAUAUCCUCCUGGAUUAACAGGUGGUGUUACUAUAUUUGUGGCCUUAUAUGAUUAUGAAGCUAGAACUACAGAAGACCUUUCAUUUAAGAAGGGUGAAAGAUUUCAAAUAAUUAACAAUACGGAAGGAGACUGGUGGGAAGCAAGAUCAAUUGCUACAGGAAAGAAUGGUUAUAUCCCUAGCAAUUAUGUAGCGCCUGCGGAUUCCAUUCAGGCAGAAGAAUGGUAUUUUGGCAAAAUGGGGAGAAAGGAUGCUGAAAGAUUACUUCUGAAUCCUGGGAAUCAACGAGGUAUAUUCCUAGUAAGAGAGAGUGAAACUACUAAAGGUGCUUAUUCCCUCUCUAUUCGUGAUUGGGAUGAGAUAAGAGGUGACAAUGUGAAACACUACAAAAUUAGGAAACUUGACAAUGGUGGAUACUAUAUCACAACCAGAGCACAAUUUGAUACUCUGCAGAAAUUGGUGAAACACUACACAGAACAUGCUGAUGGUUUAUGCCACAAGUUAACAACUGUGUGUCCAACUGUGAAACCCCAGACUCAAGGUCUAGCAAAAGAUGCUUGGGAAAUCCCUCGAGAAUCUUUACGCCUAGAAGUUAAACUAGGACAAGGAUGCUUUGGUGAAGUAUGGAUGGGUACAUGGAAUGGAACCACAAAAGUUGCUAUCAAAACACUAAAACCAGGUACAAUGAUGCCAGAAGCUUUUCUUCAAGAAGCUCAGAUAAUGAAAAAAUUAAGACAUGAUAAACUUGUUCCACUAUAUGCUGUUGUCUCUGAAGAGCCAAUUUACAUUGUCACCGAAUUUAUGUCAAAAGGGAGCUUACUAGAUUUUCUUAAGGAAGGAGAUGGAAAGUAUUUGAAGCUUCCACAACUGGUCGAUAUGGCUGCUCAGAUUGCUGAUGGUAUGGCAUAUAUUGAAAGAAUGAACUAUAUUCACCGAGAUCUUCGGGCUGCUAAUAUUCUUGUAGGAGAAAAUCUUGUGUGCAAAAUAGCAGAUUUUGGUUUAGCAAGAUUAAUUGAAGACAAUGAAUACACGGCAAGACAAGGUGCAAAAUUUCCAAUCAAGUGGACAGCUCCUGAGGCUGCACUGUAUGGUCGAUUUACAAUAAAGUCUGAUGUGUGGUCAUUUGGAAUUCUACAGACAGAACUGGUAACAAAGGGUAGAGUGCCAUAUCCAGGUAUGGUUAACCGUGAAGUGCUGGAACAGGUGGAACGAGGAUAUAGGAUGCCCUGCCCUCAGGGCUGUCCAGAAUCCCUCCAUGAAUUGAUGAAUCUGUGUUGGAAGAAGGAUCCUGAUGAAAGACCAACAUUUGAAUAUAUUCAGUCCUUCUUGGAAGACUACUUCACUGCUACAGAGCCACAGUACCAGCCAGGAGAAAAUUUAUAAUCCUAGUAGCCUGUUUUAUAUGCACAAAUCUGCCAAAAUGUAAACGAACUUAUAUAGAGUUACGUGCAGGAAUCAAAGGAAGAAAAUCUUCUUUACUCUGCAUGUUUUUAAUGGUAAACUGGAAUUCCAGAUAUGGUUGCACAAAACCACUUUUUUUCCAAGUGUUAAACUCUGAAGUACCAAUGAUGAAUUUUCCAACUUAUUUCAGGGUCCAAAGAAAACAGAGCUAAUAUGCUGAUGACAAUGUGGGUGAAAGUGUGGUAAUGAAGAGCAACAGAGCUACUGCUUAUAAGUCAUUUCUUUUCUUCCCCAAACUCAGAAUUGUUCAAAGAGAAGUAUUUAUUGUUAUAGACAAAACUUGGGAGAUAAAAAAAUCAUAGCAUAAUAAAAUCUAAACUUACGGAACUCAUGGGACCAAAUAAUUCCAUUCCAGUUUUUAAAAUUUUCUUGCAUUUAUUAUUCCCAAAAGUUUUUUCUAAGUUAAACAGUCAGUAUACAGUCUUAACAUAUGCCUCCUUUUGCAUGGAAAUGGGCCACGUUUUCCAGAAGCAAAAAAGAAAUAUAAACAGCAUCUAAAACUGAUUAAGUGUUAGACCACAACAGUGGAAUUUGAAAGUAUAAUACACUGCGUUAGUACUCAUAUUUGUGGAACUCGAAUGUUGAAUAAGAAAUUUUUUCUCUUCGGUCAUUUUCUGAAUAGUUCAACUUAGAAUAAUGAAGGUGACUAGAAAGUGAGUUAAUCUUUUAUAAGGUUUCAUUGAUUUUUUUAAGGCAAUAUAUAAUUGAAAUUAUACUAUCCAAUCCAAGAGGAAAUCUUUUAAUCUUUAGGUAGCAUGAACAGUAAAACUCAGCAUUUAAACAUCCCUUUAAAAAAAAUAGACUUGGUAUUAUGAGAUACUGCUAUUAUGUUCUUAUGGUAAUGGGUGCCACAAAUAGAAAAUAUUACUAGAUCAGAGACUUGAAUGCACUUUUG